AUGGCUUCAACAUCGAUUUAUAAAAACGUUCGAUGUCAAUGUCAACUUAAUAUUCAAUGUUAUUUACAUUGUUCAUUUAACAAUUAUUUAAUAUUAACAUCACCGAUUAUUUGUACAACUGAUCAUCAACAAACAUUAAAAGUUAUAGAUCAAUUAAAAUAUUUAUUUGAAAUUCAUCAACAUAAAACGAUUAAAAAGGAAGAAAAAUCUCUACCGAGCUAUGAAGAUUUCAUAGUUCAGUGA